CUGGGAUGAUUUAUUAUUGAUGUGGACAUCCUUGUUUUUAACCGGACUAGGUUGAUAAGGUGUAGUACUAAAAGAAACACAAACGACAAUGACAAUUUACUGGAACUCGUCGUGGAUUUAUGUACCCGUAAUUCAAGCCUGGCAGACUAAUGAGUAUCACUUUCAUAAUUAGAGUUUCUAUUUCUUUGUGACAGGAGAAGACAAGAAUGGCGGGUACUGAGGCUAGCAUAGAUAACUUAUUGGCACUUUACCGGUCGCACUAUAGCGAAGAUCUCAGCCGGUGCGCGGCGGCUAUUGAAAUAUCAACAAUUCGAGGAAUUUCCGAAGCGCCAGAUAAUGGACGAGAAGGCAAUGUACCUUCCUCUUUUGAGUUAAGGCUUCUGAUAAUUUGCUUGUUCGGUUACAGCUUAGCCCGGCUCGUCCUUAGAAAUACGUCUUUACUACGACUCCGGCCGGGACUGGUAGGAAAUUCAAGUUUUUCUAAAAUAACUCGGAUCUUUUGGUUCGUUGAGUAAGGCAUGCAGAGCUUUCCUCUAAUCAACAGCGCACUCUCAGGAACAGCGACUUCUUCAUCCUACUCAGGCAGUCGGCAGCGACUGCAGAGUCGUGACGAAAUCAUGGAACUUUUUGGAAAAUUGAAUCGGGAACGGCGAGUCCGCGGUAGCCUAGAAGAAAGCCUACAGCGCAGCGAAGAGAGCUUGCGUAGUAUAGAAACCGAAAAUGCAACUCUAGAAGCACAACUGGCCUCCCUGGAAGAAGACGUGGAGCACCGGUUACACGGACGAAACGAAAUGCUCGCGGCCGUGUACGAUGCAGAGCGGCGGCGGGCCAUGUCAGCUCGAGACGUGCUUUUGGGAAUGAAUCUAGGUCAAGGAGCCACUUAUCAGCCACUGUUCGCGUCCUCAAGGGCCGCGGCGAGCAGUGGAAGCGGGAGCAGAGUAAUGCGCUAUCAGCCACUGUUCGCAUCAAAAAAUGGGAACAAUGCGAGAGCAGAUGGAAAGCAGGAACAAAAAAAUGGAGGAAUCCGAGAAGCGAACACUCGAGCUGGUCCAGUUUUAGGUAGUAAUACAAGUAGCACUGUCGCGGGUACUAGAGAAAGAAGUGCAAAAACAGAGGCAGAAGAUGCACUUGACAGAAAACUCCGAGAGCUUUUUGACAAGAAUAUGAAAGACAGACCGCAGCUGGUGGAGUACGCAACGUCUCUGUGGCGUGAAGUCCAGCAGGGACUCGUUCAUAGAUAACAUACGAUUUAUUCCGAUUCUGAGUGUUGGUGAAAUGAUUUGAAAGUCUGAUGUCAAGUAUGUGCCUUCUGCAGAAGGUCUGAUCAUAUUGUUGUUCGUCGGUUGAGCUGAUGGAACAUACUACAAAUCUGGAUCUUUUUCUCUGGACUUUUGGAAGCACCUAAGUGAUUGAAAUCAUAACCAAUAGGAGAGGAUGAACGGACAACGAAUUAUUCUGGCGUCUACGAUAACCACCAUGCGAAAUCCGAAUCCGCAUCUUGCAAGUUUGUUGUUGGAGGUCCAUCAAGAAAUCAAUGAGAACUGCCAUCUUUGAAGAAUCGCGAAAAUGCACAAUUUCAAGCCACCAGGCCAUGAAGAAGAUGCGAUGAUGGGAUUCCUCGAACGAGAUACUCAUGCAAUUUAUAUAUACAAUCACAAUGACAAG